AUGGCGGAGGUUCGAGUGGAGCUGCUCGACCUGCACUCCGAGCUAAAAUGCAGUUUAUUUGGGCUCGUGUGCCUAAUUACGCUUAUCGCAUUCAUCUACGUGCUGUGCCGACUGGCUGUAUCGCCCAGCAGGAUGCCACGCAGCGAGCUCUGCGUCGUCCUGCUGUCGUGCUCGCAGCUGGUAUUCGGCAUUAUUUUCUACUUCGGCGACCAGCACCCGUUCCUGCACAUCCUCAACAAGGCAAUAAAGGUCGUGCAAGCUGAAAUCAUAUCCUGGAGCUGCCUUGACAUAAUGCUGGCGAACAAAAAGCGCCGCAGACGGAUGGCGAAAGGGCUGAUGAACUUCGUGACAUGCUGCAUCGCACUAUCACUGCUGUACAGCUACUUCAACGUGUACGACCACACCAUAUACCUCAACGCGAAGGUUGGAAUCAUAAUGUCGGCGCUCUGGUGCGCCAUGUCGGUGGCGGUCAUAUACGUCGCCUGCAAAAUACGGAGGAGCCUGGAUGUCAGCAAGAUACUGAAAAUCGACGAGGAGGGGACGGAACAAGGACAGCCGGACAGCGGCGCGAACCUGCAGAAUUUCCUCCGAGACGGCGGCGACCUCGUCGAAUCGUACAGCGACACCAGGUACCAGCACCUGCUGCUACUUGUAGUUGUAGAGGCAAUCGCCGCAAUGGGUACGCUGGUAUGGGACGUCGUGCUGUACUACUCCGUGAAACAAAGCAUGAACGGGAAGGGAUUUGAACUCGACAUGCCUGUCCUCAAGGAGGUGCUGUACAUCGCCACGAACACGAUAGUCAUCCUGAUACCGAAUUGGACCGUAUUCUAUGUGUUCUACUGGGUGCAGCGACAAAACUACAGCAACAUCAGCUCCACGUGGGAUGUGAAUCUUAACUCAAUGAAGUUCGAGGUCAAGGAACCACCUCAGACUGUGUAG